AUGGAGCAUAAGCUUCUGGUUUUCUUUGUUUUUCUCUUUUUCUUACAAUUGAACCGACUGCCCAUUUCCAUCCUGUCUACCGGCAGUAGUACUCAAGACGAUGUUAAUCAUCCUGAACGUUUUGUUUUAAUAAUCUUAAUAGUUAUAUUAAGUGUAGCUUUUUUAACACUGUUUGAACGUAAAAUUUUAAGAUAUGUACAAUAUCGAAAAGGUCCAAAUAAAUUAUCUUUCAAAGGUCUAUUACAACCUUUUAGGGAUAUAUUAAAACUUUUAUCUAAAGAAAUAUGUUAUCUUAGUUCAAGGUACAAACGGUCCAAGACCGACGUACGUAGGUGCUAAUAAUGGUAACGCCGGUGGUGCCGGGGGCGGCGGCGGCGGUGGAGGCGGUGGUGGCGCUACAGGCGGUGGCGUUGGCGUUGGCCCGGCAAGUGGCGGCGGCGGAGGUGGAGGUGGUGGCGGCGGCGGUGGUGGAGGCGGGCACGGAUUGAAGGGGAACACCGGCGGCGGACCACGAGGCGGGAACCCGGUGCAGUAUCGUGCGAGCGGUGCCGCAGCUUGGGGUGCAGCGCCGCCCUCUCAUGCGGCUGCGGCUGCGGCUGCGGCGGCGGCAGCCUAUCCACCUUACACGCGGUAUCCAAGCGCAGCGGCUGCAGCUGCGGCCGGCCAGAUGCCCGUUGGAGCACAGCAACUACCGCCUACGGCGAAUCCUUACGCCACCGCCACCUACGCACAACACGCGUCGUAUGGUGGACAACGGGUGCCUACAGCCUCCUCGCCAGCUAAUACUAAUAGUAGUUCUAGCAGUGCUACCGGCAGCCGAAGUGGGACAAUGAGCACAAGUCUUAGCAAUAAUGCUAUACAAGGACAACAAGCAGAACAGUUAUCAAAAACAAAUUUGUAUAUUCGUGGCCUCAACCAAAAUACAACUGACAAGGACCUCGUAAAUAUGUGUUCUCAGUUAUGGAUUUGUAGACUUUGAGUCACCAGUGGCGGCUGAGGGUGCUGUGAAAGCACUGGUCGCCAAGGGCAUCCAAGCGCAGAUGGCGAAAGUGGGUAUCUGGUUGCUCCCUAGACUGCCCAGUGUACGUUGGUUGUGCAUGCAAGUACACAACAGGAGCAAGACCCCACCAAUUUGUAUAUUGCAAACCUACCACUGAACUUCAAAGAAAAUGAUGUUGAGGCUUUACUUGCUCAGUAUGGGCAAGUUAUUUCAACGCGUAUAUUACGUGAUACCGCUGGACAAAGUAAAGGCGUUGGAUUUGCAAGAAUGGAAUCUAAAGAAAAAUGCGAACAGAUAAUUCAAAUGUUUAAUGGAAAGGCACUACAAGGAGCUAAAGAUCCCCUAUUAGUGAAAUUUGCAGAUGGUGGUAAUAAGAAAAAAUCAUUAUACAAAAGUACAAUAUGGAGAGAAACUGGGGAGAAUAUGACUUUGAAUUAUGAUACAAGCGGUGUUGGUCAAAACGGAGUUGCAACUACUCACAUGCUACCUACAGCCUUAACACAAUAUAGUCGUCAUUAUGGUCAAGCUUUGCCUGGUUACAGUGUACCAGGAACGCCUUGGGUGACUCCUUACUUGGUGCAGACUGCCCCUCCACAUAUGCAACAGGUCGACUACAUAGCAAGUCCACAUCCUUAUCCUUAUACUUACCCUCCUAGCAUUAUUCAUACCAUGCCGUUGGGUGAUUCUGAACAAACAAGUAAUGCGGCGUCCCCUGAUGAUUCUUACCAACAGUAUCAAGCUCAGCAGCCCAAGUAGGCUACGGUUUUUAGGUAUACAUUGAUUCUUUUAUAGCUCUCACAGAGAGUAUCUUGCAGACAAAGCAGUAUCAAUUUCCUGUUCUUCUAAUAUUUCAGAUACGAUUACACCGAGGAUUAUGUAAGUUAG